AUGGAGUUUCGAAAAGAAGAGUUUAAGAAGUUGACUGGAAGGACCUUGGGGCAGAUAAACAGAAUUCUAGAACGGAAGCAGCCCGGCGGGGAGACCAUCGAGCUGACAGAAGAGGGGCGGCCUGUUGAAGUGACCGAGAAGACCCAGCCCGUCAUAGACUGCACUUGCUUUGGCCUGCCUCGCCGUUACAUCAUUGCCAUCCUCUGCGGUCUGGGUUUCUGCAUCAGCUUUGGCAUCCGAUGCAACCUGGGUGUGGCCAUUGUCAGCAUGGUUAAUAAUAACACCGUCUACGAAGGGGAUAAAGUCAUUGUGAAGAAAGCUGAGUUCAACUGGGAUCCAGAGACAGUAGGCAUGAUCCACGGGUCAUUCUUCUGGGGUUACAUCGUCACUCAGAUCCCAGGGGGGUUCAUAGCACAGAAAUUUGCAGCUAACAGGGUUUUUGGCUUUGCCAUUGUGGCAACCUCUACUUUGAACAUGCUGAUUCCCUCAGCUGCUCGGGUCCAUUUUGGCUGUGUGAUGUUUGUGAGGAUCCUACAAGGGCUUGUUGAGGGAGUCACCUACCCAGCAUGCCAUGGUAUUUGGAGCAAAUGGGCACCCCCUUUGGAACGUAGCCGCCUGGCCACAACAGCUUUCUGUGGUUCUUAUGCAGGGGCGGUGGUGGCCAUGCCUCUUGCUGGGAUUCUAGUUCAAUAUUCAGGAUGGAGCUCUGUAUUCUACGUCUAUGGGAGCUUUGGUAUUUUCUGGUAUUUAUUCUGGCUGAUGGUUUCCUAUGAGAGUCCGGCCAAGCACCCAACCAUCACGGAGGAAGAGAGGAAGUACAUAGAGGAAAGCAUCGGAGAGAGCGCCACCCUGAUGAAUCCCCUGAUGAAAUUCAAAACUCCAUGGCGUCGGUUCUUCACAUCCAUGCCAGUGUAUGCCAUUAUUGUAGCCAAUUUUUGCAGAAGCUGGACAUUUUAUUUGCUCUUAAUCAGCCAGCCAGCCUAUUUUGAAGAAGUGUUUGGUUUUGAAAUCAGUAAGGUGGGGAUGCUUUCUGCUUUGCCCCACUUGGUUAUGACCAUCAUUGUACCCAUUGGAGGCCAAAUUGCCGACUUCUUGCGCUCGCGAAGACUUAUGACUACCACCAAUGUCCGCAAGAUGAUGAACUGUGGGGGGUUUGGCAUGGAGGCCACAUUGCUCUUAGUAGUUGGUUAUUCCCACAGCAGAGGGGUGGCGAUUUCUUUUCUCGUCCUGGCUGUGGGUUUCAGUGGCUUUGCUAUUUCAGGAUUCAAUGUCAACCAUUUAGAUAUUGCCCCCCGAUAUGCCAGUAUCUUGAUGGGCAUCUCCAAUGGUGUGGGGACCCUGUCAGGCAUGGUGUGCCCACUCAUUGUUGGAGCAAUGACUAAACAUAAGACACGAGAAGAAUGGCAGUAUGUUUUCCUCAUUGCCUCUCUAGUACAUUAUGGUGGUGUCAUCUUCUAUGGGAUUUUUGCUUCUGGGGAGAAGCAACCCUGGGCUGAGCCAGAAGAAUUGACUGAAGAGAAAUGUGGCUUCAUCAACGAGGAUGAACUGGCUGAUGAGGAAGAUGAAGCUGCCCGCGUGGGAGCAGGAGCAGGCGGCAGCGGUUAUGGGGCCACUAAAAGUACCAGUUUUGCCAAUGGAGGUUGGACGGCUGACUGGGACAAAAAGGAGGAAUAUAUACAGGAGCCUGGGAAAGAUUCCUAUAUGUAUGGUGUGCCAGAACAACGGGAUUUGUCAUAG